AUGAGUAUCAAUCUGAAGGAUGUUUCCGGCUCAAAAAUCUCGAAGAACAACGGUGACUGUGCGGCAUGUGGUCGUAGCACUCUCAAAUCUUCGUUAAUAAAAUCUUCGGAUCGAUCACAAAGCUGUGAAAAAUUGAGACGAGAGCAGGAUACGUUUUGGAUACAAUGUGAUCAUUGCGAUUGUUGGUAUCAUGGAAGAUGUGUUAAUGUUGAAGAAUACGAGAGUGCACUCAUCGAAAAAUAUCACUGUGAACGAUGUGCGAUCACACAAGGGCCCACGAUCAGUUACUAUGAUUCAUUUAUUGAUGGUUUUGAAUUUUUAGUGAAAAAGGCUUUGCUGGAUCAUCGAUACGCUUUCGACGAUAUUAGUCAGCAGAAUGAGCCCACACAAAUCGGAACAAAGCGUUUCAUUGACGAGUUCAAGAAGACUUCUGAGCAAAUUCCGAUUGCAUUAAGUGAAUUUGUGCAGCCACCAAAGCUCGUCGCUGACCUCAGUUGGGUGCAUAAAUUUUGGCCGCAAAAUAAAAAGGAUUCAACGCCAGUAUCGGCGAUGAUAACCAGUCGUACUGUUUUCAAUGAGCAUUUACGUGCCAAACCUGAAGUGGAGCUGUUUUGUUUGGUUGGAAUGAAAGAUUCGUAUACGGAUUUUCAUAUUGAUUUUGGUGGGUCGUCGGUUUGGUAUCACGUUUUUAAAGGGAGGAAAGUGUUCUACGUGGUGGCACCGCUGGAGAGGAAUCUACAAGCGUUCAGUAACUAUCAGAAUAUGGCGAACCGAACAGAAGUGUUUUUUGGUGAUCUGAUCGCACCCGGGCAACUGUUUAAGGUGAUCAUAAACGAAGGUGAGACACUAAUGAUACCAUCUGGUUGGAUUCACGCAGUGUGGACGCCAUGUGACUCACUUGUUUUCGGAGGAAAUUUUUUGCAUUCGUUGAACAUUGAAAUGCAAUUGAGGAUCUAUGAAAUGGAAACAUCAUUGGAAACUGAAGACCGUUUCAUGUUUCCUUCGUUUGAAUUAGUCAAUUGGUAUGCUGCAGUUAGUAUUCUAAGUAAAUUCAAAGAGGCAAAUCUACAUGGCACAAUUAUUGAUGGAUGGUUAUUGACAGGAACAAAAGCUUUGCUUGUUUCGUUAAAGCGUUGGAUUUCGAGAGAUGAGGUAAAAAAUUGA